UUCAUCAUGAGAGAGCAGGUGGAUGUGAUCUGCUGUAAAUCAGUAGGAACUGAUCUGUCCAUGCUGGAUAUUGAUGAUUUCAUCACAGAAAUCUCUCAGCUGAAGAAAGAGGUGACGUCACUGAAGACAAAACUGAUGGAGAGAGACGACAGGUUACAGGAGCUGGAAAAUGUUUCCUGUCAAUCUUCAGUGUGUGUGACUGAUGGGACCUCCACAGAAUGUCAGGAUUCAGUGUGGAGCGGCAGAGAUCAGUCCACACCACAGCGACUGCUGGACAAACUCUCUGAACAGAGAUCCAGAGACACACAGGACUCACAGCUUACUUUACUCUGUUCUACUGACGGUAAUCAGGGUGAUCAAACCUCCACAGAGUGUCUGACUUCUGUCUGUAACGCUGGAGAACAGGAGAUGCUGCAGACACCAGUGAAGAUGUGUUCCGUGAAGCUGCAGGACUUCAGGAACCUGAUGAAGAUGAGAGAAUCCACAGCAGAAGAACAACAGAGUAAUGAAGAUGAUGAUGACUAUCAAACCUCAACAGAGUCUCUGACUUCUGUCUGUUACGCUGGAGAACAGCAGAUGCUGCAGAUACCAGUGAAGAUUGAAUUGAAGCUGGAGGAGAUAAAAGAAGAGAACACAGCAGAGGAACAACAGAGAGAUGAAGAUGAUUUUAUUUCUUCAGAUCUGAUGGAGUUGAAAGAGGAACAUCAAGAGCUGAAUGAAGUGGAGGAGAGACUUCAGUAUCAGAAACCUGAUUUAAUAACUGUUGAAGAAUCUUUGAGUUGCUCAAAGACUAGAAUGAGUUUCUCACUAAAAAAGCCUCAAAGAGCAGCCAAAUUUUUUUUCACCUGCUCUCCGUGUGGAAAGAGUUUCACAUGUAAAAGCCAGCUUAAUACACACAUGAGAGUUCAUACUGGUGAGGAGUCUUACACGUGCCAUCAGUGUGGAAAAAGUUCAGCAGAUGCAGACCAUCUCAAAGAUCAUCUCUGCUGUCACUCUGGAGAUCAGUGUGGGAAAAGUUUAGCAGAUGCAGGCCAUCUCAAAGAUCAUCUCUGUUGUUACUCUGGAGAAAGGUCAUUUGAAUGUGAUAUAUGUGGUAAAACAUUUGUUUUGGAUUCAUGCCUAAAGCGACAUCUGAAAUUGCACUUAAAAGAGAAGCCUUACAAGUGUUCUAUUUGUGGAAAGAGUUUUCCAUACCGGUCCUAUUUUAAAGAGCAUCAGAAAGUACAUACCGGCGUGAGGGCUCACUUGUGCUUUGAAUGUGGGAAGACCUUCACAACAGCCAUCCACUUAAAUCGGCACCAAAGAAUUCACACUGGAGAAAAACCUUACAAGUGCUCACACUGUGGAAAAAGUUUCAAUCUGUCACAAAACCUGAAAACUCACGAGAGAAUCCAUACUGGAGAAAAACCUUACAAGUGCUCACACUGUGGAAAGGGUUUCGCUCGGUCACAAUGCCUGAAACGGCAUGAGAGAAUUCAUACUGGAGAAAAACCUUACAAGUGCUCACACUGUGGAAAGAGUUUUAACCAGUCUGCUCAUCUGCAGCAACAUGUAAAAAAGUAUUGCCCAAGUAGUCACAGUGAGCAAAAAUGAUCUUCAUGUGGAACAAUACCAAGUAAAUUGUUUCAUAUUAACCCAAAGAUGCAGUGUCUCUCAAAAAAGAAGCAUCAUCUGAAGACAACAGUUUACUUCAGUUUUUCCUUGUUCUAGAUCGCUCCACAGGUGGCCCGGUUUUUCUUGACAAGUGGAAAGUCCUCGUCUGUCUGCAUUGUUGCUGUUUGCCCUUAAAAGAGUAUCACAAAGCAGUUAUGAUGUGCAUGCAUUGACUGUGUUUGUGGUUAAAAGAGUAUACUUUGAAAGGCUGAUCACUCGGCUGUGUACGAGGCUAUCCGGAAUAUGGAAAAAUUAAGAAUACAUGAGACUUUAGUGUAUCGAAUCAAUUUGUCACUUAUUUGUGCAAUAUUCUCAUUAUUGUUAAAUAACAUUUAUAAGUAUAUUUUGAUGUUAGUGAAGGUUUGGAAAAUUGAAUUCUGUCCCUUUUAAGAGUUUGCUAUGUUCCACCCAGUUAUUCUCUUGGUCAGUUGGGGCUUAAAUUGAUUGAGGUGCAGGUAUGCAUCAAUCACAUUUGUCUGUUAAUAAUGCUAAAAAAUCACCACAAAUUAUUUUUGUAUGGUAGUGAUAAUUUUACCAUUUAAUGUUUCUCUAUGGGAGUUUUCAUUCAUAAUUGUGUGGGAAUAUACUCUGUGUAGUUGUGCUGCCUUCAUGUGCAUCAGAAUUAUUGUAAAUGUGAGUUUCUUAUUCUGAAGCUGCCCAUGAAUACCCCUCAAGUUGUAAUUAUGACUGGGAAGCUCAAGAGAUAAUUUUGAUACCCAAGUUGGAAGUAGAUUUAAACUUUCAUCAUGGUGGAGCAGUGUAUGGUUUCUGUAGUGAAUGAUUUUAUUCAUUUUUCAUAAUACAACUAAUUGACCCUUUUCGCAGACAUGUCAUGACGGGUUUCUACCUUCUUUAACAACGUAAAUGUAGCUAACUUUUUUGUAUUUCCAAUUGAAAAAAAUAUUUUGUGUAAAUGUAUAACAUUGUACUUAGUAUUAUAUCACUGCAACGGGGUUCGGAAAGGAUGAAGCGGGAAACUGGAUCAACGUCAACAAGACUAUUUAUAACACAACAUCAAACUGUACAGGCACAUAAUAACACAUGUCAACAACAUACACACAGCUCCAUGUGUGUGUCUCUCUAUUUCUCUCUCUCUCUCUCUCUGGCAUCCCAGACUCCUCUUAUCUCUCUCCGGCUGAUUGAGCUACUCAGCACCAGGCGUGCACCAUCACGGCCCGGCCAUGCCCUCCUCCUUAUCACAUACUCCCACUGCUCGAUUCAGACCUGGCAAAGCUCUGGACUAACUUACCCCCAGAGAGGAUGAAUUGCCCCUUCGGCCAUGUCCUCACUGGCUGAUUCUACCCACCUCCUGGGUUCUUGGGUAGGAUGAGGGGAGGUGAGUUGAAAGAGGGUGGGAGAGACAGAGAAAAGAAAAACUCUGGUUCCCGUCCACACCUCCAUUCGGGCCAAGGCCAGCUGGGCAGCGGUCCUCCACAACGCCAGGUGAUGGCACUGGACCUCGCCUCCCAGCAGAUGACAUCGAGCUCCCCCGCCUCCCGGCAGACGUUAGAAGCUGCUCCACCUCCCGCCUGGUGGCGGCGAGCUCACCUGCCCCCUGGGGGACAGUAACGGCUCCUCCGCCCUCUAGCGGCACACAGCUAUUUGUGUGUCUGGCUCGAUCUCUCUCUCUCCCUCUCUCUCUCUCUGGCAUCCCUGACUCCUUUUUUUAUCUCUCUCCCGCUGAUUGAGCUACUUGGUACCAGAUGUGAACCCUCACAGCCCGGCCACAUCCUGGUCACAAUUACCCUGGAAUAAGUUUAAAAAAAUCAGUUACCAUGGCUGCGAUGAGGCUUCUAACACCGCUAUUGCGGGAGUGACAGAAAAUCUGUCCUGUUUCUCUCUGCUUACUACUGUUAUCCAGCAUUGUUGGAGCAAAUAGGUAUGAAGGACGAAACCUGCAAAAAUAAUAAAUAUAUAAAUAAACAAAUCUGCAUAUUCAUGCAUGAAUAUAUAAACAAUUAAAUUGCGAGGAGAUCUACAAAUAAAUAAAUAAUACACCAGUUAAUGCAAAAAUAAUAGAAUAUAAAAACUUAAAUUGUUGGAGAAAUGUAAAUUGUUAAAGGAAAUUGAAAAUUGAAAGUUGAUUUUUAUUCCACAAGCAGGGCCGGAUUCUGGGCCCCUGGUCACGAAGGCAUCACUCCCACCCCGCCUCCUAUCAACUCAACCUCAGCUAGUAAUAUGUAAAACUAUGUUGGUUAUAAAAUUCAAUUGAUUGUUCAGUAGGCUACAGCAGCCAAUGGAAAAUGAACAGUACACCAUCUAUAAAUGUAAUUAAAUCAU